GCGGAAGUUCAUUCAUUCUGCCGGUAUCUUCCAAGUUGUAUCGAGUCCCAUGGUUUCGCACUUUCCCGUACAGUCUAGAGAUGCUGCUGCUCCUGGUGGUGUGUGCCCUCCUCCUGCUCUUCUGCAGUCUGGACGUGUGGUACUUCCUUCGGGGGGUGCAGGUGUUUUUGGAAGCCUGUUUUCAGCCCGGCGUCUCGGACAUUUUAGCCCAACAAACCGUGGAUGGCCUGGUCACUCCUCACGACUUGGACUACAUGGGUCACAUGAACAACUCCCGAUACUUGAGGGAGUGUGACUUUGCUAGAUUUCAUCAUUACGUGAGGAAUGGUUUCUUCAUGGCCUCCCGUAAACUGGGGGCCAAAAUGGUGGUAGGGGCCUCUACAAUAAGGUACAGGCGAUCCUUGAAUUUCCGCGAGGCCUUUUCGAUCCGAACCAAAGUGCUGGGAUGGGACGAUAAGGCAUUUUACUUGGAGCAGCGGUUUGUUUCCAAAAAGGAUGGCUUUGUGUCAGCCAUAAUGCUCUGCAAGCAGAAUAUGGUGAACAGCAGUCCAGAGAAGAUUAUUGAGCAUGUGUGCAAGAAAAAGAUUGAAUGUCCUGAGUUUCCAGAGGACCUUAAACAUUGGAUCGAUUACAUUACAGCCAGCAGCCAGGCCCUGAGAGCGGAGAGUGGACUGGAGGACAAAAACAAGUGACCCUGCUACUUGAACCCUUAAAGUAUUAUGUCCUUAUUAACACAUUAUUUCUUGCCCGCACAUGUAGAUGCACAGACAAUAGAGUCUUUAUUUAUUCCAUUGAGAAAAUCCUGCUGACAAUGUAUUUUUCUAAUAUAUGAUAUGGGAGCAGAAGGGUACAUUAUUGAGUCAUACAAGAAAGGAUUCUUGUAGGUUGCACUGAACUUGACCAGCUUUAGACUCUCAAUAGUUUUAGCAGCAUGUAAAAUCGUAUCAUUCAAUCUACAUCAGUGCAUGUUUUGAAAUAUUUUGUGCCUGACUGCUAGCUUUAGUUUAGAGGCUUAUAAUUCACACAUUACAUUUUACCGACAACUAGUUAUCAUAAUAAUACUUGAAAAUACUUGAGUGAGUGGUGAAACGACAAUUUUAACUUGACUGUCAAAUGUUAGCACAACAUAGUAGAUUAUUCAAGGGAUUCUUGAGCCAGUUUAGUUUUGAUUGUUAAAGGGGCAGAUUGCUUUCUAUUUUCUGCAUGUAAAGCUUGUAGGGCAAAGAGAAAAUAUAU